UGUUCACUACAGAGAGAAUGAAGCUUCCGCUUUUGCUUGUAUUCCUGGGAAUCACUUGGUGUCUUAUUGGCGAAUCAGAGGGAUCGUGGUGGAGAAAACGGCGCUGUCGCAGAAUCUGUAUAGCUAAAUAUUGCCGAACGGUGUGUCUUGGAAAAAGAAGCGAAGUGUCUGGUAGUUCCCCACUACCUUGCGACUUUGCGGCCUGGGACAAGAACGGGGACGGCCAUGUUGAUUUGGAGGAGUUUUCUUCUAUGGCCUAUCCAUUUGUCAAAGAGGGAGAUUUGGCGUCAGUCUUUCAAGCUACUGACGCGGAUGGAAACCAACAGAUUUCGAAGACAGAACUACACAAAGCUGAAUUAAUGUUUGAAAAAUGUUAGAUAAUAGUUGAUGCAAAAAUAAAUCACAUACUGAA